UCCAACAUGGCGCCCGGAAAUCAACAAAUCCUGUCGUCCACUCCUCUGCAGAUCCUCCUCUACCUCAACUCCUGGUACUUUGCAGCCUUCUACCUGGCAGAGAUUCUCAUGUUCAUCUAUAAAGGUGUUUCUCUCCCCUACCCGUCAGACAACCUGGUUCUGGACGUGGUUCUGCUGCUCAUCUUCCUCGGACUGGAGACACUCAGGAUCUUCUAUGGUUGGAAGGGGAACCUGUGCGAGCGCUCUCUGGCCUCGUGUGCGUCGCUCCUCAUCCUGCUGCCCUGCGGCGCCCUGGCCGUCUACUUCCUGCUGCUGCAGACCUUCGUGCUGCGGCUGGAGUUCGUCCUCGGCGCCGUGCUGCUCUGCUUCUAUUCCCUGGAGCUGCUGCUCGGACUCCUCUCCUUAUCCGCCUUCUCCAGGUCCAAAGUUUACUGAAGAACAAAGUUUACCUGAAACAGAACAUGACGACAGAUCCACUAGUCGACGGAAUCCAGCAGCUCAACAUAGAAAGUCUUCAUCUCUGUCAUGAUGAAGACGUCUUCCUUCAGCUUCGUGUUGGGAUUGAACUGAUGAAGAUUGAACUGAUGAAGAUUGAACUGAUGAAGAUUGAACUGAUGAAGAUUGAACUGAUGAAGACUGAACUGAUGAAGUUGUCAGGUCAGGUCCAGGUUCUCAGGCAGGAAGCUCCUCAGAGCAGAAUGAGUGAAAUGUGAAUGAGGCGUCCAACGAGUUUUUAAACUGUUUUACAGGAAGAGAAGAGAUAAAAAUACCAGGAUUUUGGUUUAAUAACAAGGAUGAAAUGAAAAGGACUCAACGUGGAACAUGAAUCAUACAAACGCAGAAUUUAAUUUUCACCUUUUAAAGGCUUUUUUGGUCUUAUUUUUAUAUAUAGUAUUAUUAUAAUCCAAGAUAUUUUAGCUUCAUUUCUGGAGGAAGUGAAGAUG